GCCAUCUUGUUCUCAUUUGAAAGUUCUUUCCUGUGACACGCCAGCAGAUGUCUGCAGCCAGGUCCUACUUAUGCGUUACUGCCCUCCUGCCACUCUGUUCUCAAAGGACUUCCGUGUUUACCCUUUCCAGAGUCAGUUCAUUGGAUAAAAACACCCACUUAAAGGCUGCCAGGCUUCUAAUUUUGACUGCCCGUAGUUCAUCGUUUUCGCAUCCGGGUUUCCUACGUGAGAGUCAGCUGAUAGCAGCAAGGUUGUGUCAGAGCUUUCCUCAGUUUCACGACGAGAGUUAUUAAAAUCAGGCUGUUUCUGAACAGGUAAACAUGUCUACAAACCCCCCAAAGCUGAAGAUAGAAAUCACUUCGAACGAAAGGUUAAAAAACUUAAAAAGUGCUUUUGAAACAAAGUAUGGAGAAUCUCCCCUUUUCUAUGCAUAUGCACCUGGAAGGGUCAAUCUAAUAGGUGAGCACAUUGACUACUGUGGAUAUUCUGUGCUGCCGAUGGCUAUUGAGCAGAGCAUCCUGGCAGCUGUGUCUUUGAAUAACUCAGGGAAAAUCCACCUGUCCAACACAAAUCCUCAGUACCAGGAUUUCAUUGUGUCCUGCUCAGAGGACAUCACCAUUGACAAAGACAAUCCAAAGUGGUUUUAUUACUUCCUCUGUGGGGUCAAAGGUAUCCAGGAGAAGUUUGGGAUCACUCGUUUGGCAGGAAUGUCGUGUGUUGUAGACGGAACAAUUCCUCCAAGUUCGGGUCUGUCCAGUUCAAGUGCCUUAGUCUGCUGUUCUGGUCUUGUUACCAUGGAGGCCAACCAGAAGUCCCUUUCCAAGGUGGCUCUAGCUGAGAUAUGUGCUAAAUGUGAGCGCUACAUCGGGACAGAGGGUGGAGGAAUGGACCAGUCCAUAUCAUUCCUGGCAGAGAAAGGAACUGCCAAGCUGAUAGAGUUCCAGCCUCUGAGGGCCACUGAUGUCCAGCUCCCAGAGGGGGCUGUGUUUGUGAUUUCCAACUGCUGCGUUGAGAUGAACAAAGCUGCUUCUUCUCACUACAACAUCCGUGUGGUGGAGUGUCGGAUAGCCACAAAGAUGCUUGCUCGGGCGAGAGAUCUGGACCCGAGUGGGCUGUCGAAGCUGGCUCAGGUUCAGACGGAGCUGAAGGCCUCCCUGGAGGAGAUGCUGGCUCUGGUGCAGGAAGUGUUGGAUCCUGAGCCGUACAGCCGAGAGGAGGUCUGUAAGGUGCUGUGCGUCACCCCAGAGCAGUUCUCCACCGAGCUGCUGAGCGCUAACACACAGCACCUCACACACUUCAAGCUGCACCAGCGGGCCAAGCAUGUUUAUGGAGAAGCGGCACGGGUGAUGAAGUUUAAGAGCAUUUGUGAUUCUGGGUCUGCUGAGUCCAUAAAGCUCCUGGGAGCGCUGAUGAAUCAGAGCCAUGCAAGCUGCAAAGACCUGUAUGAGUGCAGCUGUCCUGAACUGGACCAACUGGUGGACAUUUGUCUGAAGUCUGGGGCUGUUGGUUCUCGGUUGACAGGUGCAGGUUGGGGAGGCUGCGCCGUCUCCAUGGUUCCCAGUGAGAAGGUGGAGUCUUUUCUACAAGCUGUCAGGAAUGCUUACUACAUCCCUGACCCACGCAGAGCAGCGAUGGAGAAACAGAGUUUGUUUGUAUCAAAGCCUGGUGGAGGAGCUGCAGUUUUCAUGGAGGAGUGAAACUCACAUUUGUUUGUUUAUAUUGAAAUACUUUAAAAUCAACUGAGUGAUUUUUUUUUCUUUUUUUAUGUGCAAAUUUCAGGAGAUGGAAAUGACUUGUUAACCUCUAUUUUUCAGGGGGAAUUUAAGGGCAAAAAACACCUCAGUGAUUUGAUUUUUGUAUCAAGUAGUUAUUUUUUUUAACUAUUUUUCAUUUAUAAUGUCUUGGAAAUUCAUUUCUAAAAAUAAUAAAUCAAUUGGCAAUAUAUAAAA